AUGGAGGCGUCUGUUAAAGAGCAGCUGCUGAACAUGCUGGAUGAUUUAAGAAAAAAGGAGCUGAAACGUUUCCACUGGCACCUGCAGAAUGGAGGUGAUUUCACCCCCAUCAAAAAGAGCCGCCUGGAGAAAGCGAACAGAACAAGAACGGUGGAUCUCAUGGUGGAAACAUAUACUACUGACCAUGUGAUGGAGGUGGCGAGGUUGGUUUUAAAGAAGAUUAAAAAAGGAACUCCCUCAACCCAGGAAGCCUCAUCACUUUCAUCAAAAUCAGAAGAGACUCUUCAGAAGUGUCAACUUAAACUCAAGUCUAAGCUGAAGGAUGAGUUUGAGUGUGUGUUUGAGGGGAUCGCUAAAGCAGGAAGCCCAACCCUUCUGAAUCAGAUCUACACAGAGCUCUACAUCACAGAGGGAGGGACUGCAGAGGUCAAUGAUGAGCAUGAGGUCAGACAGAUUGAAACAGCAUCCAGGAAACCAGACAGACCAGAAACAACAAUCAGACAAGAAGACAUCUUUAAAGCCUCACCCGGAAGAAAUAAACCAAUCAGAACAGUGCUGACAAAGGGAGUGGCUGGCAUUGGGAAAACAGUCUUAACACAGAAAUACACCCUGGACUGGGCUGAAGACAAAGCCAACCAGGACAUCCAGUUCAUAUUUCCAUUCACUUUCAGAGAGCUGAAUGUGCUGAAAGAGGAAAAGUUCAGCUUGGUGGAACUUGUUCAUCACUUCUUUACUGAAACCAAAGAAGCAAGAAUCUGCAGCUUUGAAGACUUCCAGGUUGUGUUCAUCUUUGAUGGUCUGGAUGAGUGUCGACUUCCUCUGGACUUCCACAAAACUACAAUCCUAACUGACCCUAGAGAGUCCACCUCAGUGGAUGUUCUGCUGAUAAACCUCAUCAGGGGGAAACUGCUUCCCUCUGCUCACCUCUGGAUAACCACACGACCUGCAGCAGCCAAUCAGAUCCCUCCUGACUGUGUUGGCAUGGUGACAGAGGUCAGAGGGUUCACUGACCCACAGAAGGAGGAGUACUUCAGGAAGAGAUUCAAAGAUGAGCAGCAGGCCAGCAGGAUCAUCUCCCACAUCAAGACAUCACGAAGCCUCCACAUCAUGUGCCACAUCCCAGUCUUCUGCUGGAUCACUGCUACAGUUCUGGAGGAUGUGCUGGAAACCAGAGAGGGAGGACAGCUGCCCGAGACCCUGACUGAGAUGUACAUCCACUUCCUGGUGGUUCAGGCCAAAGUGAAGAAGGUCAAGUAUGAUGGAGGAGCUGAGACAGAUCCACACUGGAGUCCAGAGAGCAGGAAGAUGAUGGAGUCUCUGGGAAAACUGGCUUUUGAUCAGCUGCAGAAAGGAAACCUGAUCUUCUAUGAAUCAGACCUGACAGAGUGUGGCAUCGAUAUCAGAGCAGCCUCAGUGUACUCGGGAGUGUUCACACAGAUCUUUAAAGAGGAGAGAGGACUGUACCAGGACAAGGUGUUCUGCUUCAUCCAUCUGAGUGUUCAGGAGUUUCUGGCUGCUCUUCAUGUCCAUCUGACCUUCAUCAACUCUGGACUCAAUCUGAUGCAAGAACAACAAAUAACCUCCAAGAAACCUAAAAGAAGAGAAUCUGUAGAGAAACACUUCUACCAGAGUGCUGUGAACAAGGCCUUACAGAGUCCAAAUGGACACCUGGACUUGUUCCUCCGCUUCCUCCUGGGUCUUUCACUGCAGACCAAUCAGACUCUCCUACGAGGCCUGCUGACACAGACAGGAAGUAACUCACAGACCAAUCAGAAAACAGUCCAGUACAUCAAGGAGAAGCUCAGUGAGAAUCUGUCUGCAGAGAAAAGCAUCAAUCUGCUCCACUGUCUGAAUGAACUGAAUGAUCGUUCUCUAGUGGAGGAGAUCCAACAAUACAGGACUUCAGGAAGUCUCUCAACAGGUAAACUGUCUCCUGCUCAGUGCUCAGUUCUGACCUUCAUGUUACUGUCAUCAGAAGAAGAUCUGGAUGAGUUUGACUUCAAGAAAUACUCUGCUUCAGAGGAGGCUCUUCUGAGAAUGCUGCCAGUGGUCAGAGCCUCCAACAAAGCUCUACUCAGUGGCUGUAACCUGUCAGAGAGAAGCUGUGAAGCUCUGUGCUCAGUCCUCAGCUCCCAGUCCUGUAGUCUGAGAGAGCUGGACCUGAGUAACUCUGACCUGCAGGAUUCAGAAGUGAAGGUUCUGUCUGCUGGACUAAAGAGUUCCCAGUGUGCAGUGGAAACUCUCAGUCUGUCAGGCUGUCUGAUCACAGAGGAAGGCUGUACUUCUCUGGCCUCAGCUCUGAGCACCAACCCCUCCCAUCUGAGAGAGCUGGACCUGAGCUACAAUCAUCCAGGUGACUCAGGAAUGAAGCUGCUGUCGGCUGGACUGAAGGAUCCAGGCUGGAGACUGGACACUCUCAGCAGAGAUUGUUUUGCCUUCACCAGUCCUCCAAGUGUUCCACCUCCUUCCUGUAGCCGGUCUCAUCAUUGUUUGUGUUGCAACCAACCACAGCUGUGUCGUCCGCAAACUUUACAAUAUGACAGCCUGGAUGGUUGGGCAAAACAGCCAGUUCGCUGGACACGACGCUCCUGUGUCAGCGCAGAGCAGGUUCCAGGGACCACCCGCGCCUCCAGCGGCAGCUCCGGCGCUAGUCCGGUGGCCACCCACGUAGCAAGCAGCGGCGGCACAGCAGGCAUGGAACAACUCACAAUCGACACAAACACAGUGAACGCAAACCUCCAACUGUCUGACAACAACAGGAAGGUGACACAUGUGGAGGAGGUUCAGUCAUAUCCUGAUCAUCCAGACAGAUUUGAUGUUCAUCCUCAGCUGCUGUGUAGUAAUGGUCUGACUGGUCGCUGUUACUGGGAGGUCGAGUGGAGAGAAGAUAUUGAUAUAUCAGUGAGUUACAGAAGAAUCGAAAGGAAAGGAAGAAGUAAUGGCCGUUUGUUUGGAGGGAAUGAUCAGUCCUGGGGUCUGUACUGCUCUGAUGUUCCUGUUUUUGUCUGGCACAAUAACAGAUCAACAUCCAUCUCCUCCUCCUCCUCCUCCUCCUCUGUCUCUAACAGAGUAGCAGUGUAUGUGGACUGUCCUGCUGGCACUCUGUCCUUCUACAGAGUCUCCUCUGACACUCUGAUCCACCUCCACACCUUCAACACCACAUUCACUCAAACUCUUUAUCCUGGAUUUACGUUCUAUCCUGGUUCCUCAGUGUCCCUGUGCUGA